UUGCCGUACGCGAGACCUUAACAGCGUGAGAGUUGAAGAACGAGUGUUCCUUCACCGUUGCUGUGGUUGUUGCAGCCUGUGGAUUGGAACUUCCACGCUCGCGGGAUUCGAAACGUCACGAUGGCUCAGAACGUUCAGAAUGUUACACUGUCUCUCACGCUGCCCAUCACUUGCCACAUUUGCCUGGGAAAGGUUCGCCAUCCAGUCAUCUGUGCCAACAACCACGUCUUCUGCUCCGUUUGUAUUGAAGUGUGGCUAAAGAAUAAUAGUCAGUGUCCUGCUUGCAGGAUUCCUAUCACGUCUGACAAUCCUUGCAAAGAGAUCAUAGGAGGAGCAAGUGAAAGCAACCCGGUGUUCAGCCCUGUGGUCAGAAAACAGCUCCGCCAAACCAGGCUUGAACUUCUUCACAAAGAGUAUGAGGAUGAAAUAGAAUCUCUGCAGAAAGAGUUGGAUGAGCUCAAAGAGAAAAACCUCAGUUUGGAGUCCCAACUAAAAUCUGUUCUCCAUCCUGUAACUCUGGAAAUGUCGGACAAAAACCGGGAAAGUCCUCGGCUGUCGGAUGACGAGCACAAAGCUGAUCCUCCUGAGUCUCUGGCAACGUGGACCCAGAAGCUUCAGGCAGCUAAUGAUAUGUAUGAAAAAGUGAAAGAUGACAUGGACAAAUUAAUGGAGGUAAAUAAGAAGCUGAGGCUUGAAAACAGUGGCCUUGUGAGGGAGAACUUGCGGCUCAAGGCUGAGGUUGGAAGUCGAUCGCCCCAGAAAUUUGGGAGGUUUACUGUAGCGGCCCUGCAGUCCAAGUUAGAGCAGUGUGAGCGUGAAACGAGCCGCCUUAAAAAAGCCCUGGAAAGAAGCGACACGUACAUAGAAGAACUGGAGUUGCAGGUUUCACAGCUGAAAGAGGAGCUUGAGCAGAGGAAAGAUGCAAGUUCUGAAAGUGAAUCUUCAGUUCCAAUGGAGGAUAAAGAAAGUGAAAGUGCCCUCGGUGAGAGAGUGCUGUUGAAAAGCCCAGAAGAGCACACCGAUCAAAACUGUCUGUGCACUAGCCAUCAGCCAGAUGACCUUGAGCAACCAACAGGCAGCGGACUCUUGGGCAGCAGCAAUGAUGUAUGCUUAAAUUCAGCCAACGAAGGUUGUUCAGAUGAGUCUGUUGCACAGUGCUCUACGGGAAGGGAUGUUUUUACUGACUCCCAGGAAGGUCUCUUGGAUAUAAGUGCUGGCGAUAUGGAUACUUGUUCAGAGCAAACUUGGGAUAAAAUUGAGGACUGUGUUUCAUAUAAAGAAGAACUUUAUGACCUUCCAGACCCAUGUACCCCAUUGUCUCUCAGUUGCCUCCAGCUGAACACGCCCAGUAACAAGGAUGAUGCUGCUGCAAAAGAGGAGGACACAAGGAAGCCACCUACCUUUCUACGGAAACUGGAAUUUGAGGAUUUUGGUGAUGCAUCAGAUGAGUGCAACAAAGACUCUCCAGAACAUAGCGCAAGCAGCUGUGAGAGUGCUGAAAACAAGGUGGCUUGCUUUACUGCAGACAAACCUGUGUUUUGGAACCGAUGCCCAUCGCGCUAUGAUGAAAACUUGGACUUUGAAGGCUCAGAGCCAAGCACAGUCACUAGUGAUUCUGGAGAGUCUUCAGCAAAAUCCAGUGAUAAAACGCACAAUCCAAGUGUGCCUAAAAAACUACAUUCAGUUCGCUCUUCAGAAAUGAACCGCACCAGAACAUCUAGUGAGGCUUCCAUGGAUGCCGCCUACCUUGAUAAAAUCUCUGAACUGGAUUCCAUGAUGUCAGAAUCAGACAACAGCAAGAGCCCCUAUUAUACUUCCAAGUCCUCUUCUGACUUGGAUAACUCUUGCAAGUCAACCCAAUGUCCUGAUCUCUUAAAUGAAAAAGAGAAGAAUAUGAAGGAUCAGAAUUCUCUAAAAUGCCCUCUGUCAAGUGAUCAUUCAGAAGAGAGGAAUGAAUGGAAGUCUACUACUUUUUCUAUCCUUUCUCCAUCCGUGCUAGACAUCACUGAACCCUUCCCACUAUUUGCAGGCCGGACUUCAGAAACGAGCGAAAGCAAGUCUCAGAGUUUCUUAUUUCAAAGAGAGCUUUCCCCAAGCUUCUUGUUUAACAACUCUCGAGAAUCAUUUGAAGAACAAAAACUUGGGUCCUCCCUCUUUAAAGUGACCCCUGAGCUGCAAAACCUCCACAACCAACUCCAGUCUCCUUGGUCAUCUUCCUUCAUACCUGACCGAAAAGCCAAAAAUAUUCACACGUCAGCAAAAAGGAAAAUUCAAAGUAGCCUAUCUAGUGCAAGCCCAUCAAAAACGACUAAGAACUGACUCUUGUGACUUGCAUUUUUCUAAACAAAAAACAAAAACCCAGUGCCAAUGUGAAAAUGUUCAGGUUUUCUUCCCACCCCACUCCCAAUCAAGUGAGCUCUGCCUGUUCACUGAUUAAUACUUGUUUGAGCUUGAAUAUUUCCCAUUCAGAAUACUGAUCUAUUUCGCUUAAGAAGAAAUCUUCAGUACAUUUGUUUCUUGAUGUCUUCAGUUCUAGUCAUGUUGAGGGUUGUGGGGGUUUUUUUAACUGUGGGAUUAUUUGAACCUUGUGUGGAGCUGUUAAAUGUCCAGUUACUGAGGGUGACAGUUUCAAAAUGGUUACUCAAUGAAACAAAAUUUUAUAUGGGUAAGAAACCUGUGGAACAGUUGCUUUUCCUGUACAAAGAUGUGACAGGAAGAACCCCACUUCUCUCUCCUUCCCUGCCAAACCUUGCUUCAGAAUAAAGUGUUUGCUUGCUGAUAUCUGCAUGAAACCAGCCUCUGCUAAAUCUGUAGCUUAAAAUGUGUGGAUGUUAAAGUCCCUUUUUCUUUUUGCAAGUUUUCAGCUGGGGAGAAAGAGUCUUUUUGCUUAAGACCAAGAAGACAGUUGUUGCUGUUUUUAAUUAAAACACUGCUUUUAACUUAAAAAACAAAAACAAAAAAACCCAAAUUCCACUGUUGUACAAGACCACAUUUAUUUGUGCCUGUGUAGUUCAUAAAAAUGGGUUGGUAUGCUAAUGGUUUGUUUACCGAAUGUGCACUGAGCAUUUUACAUGAAUACUGUACUGUUUUACAUUAAUACUGCAUGCUUUUCUAUGUGGAAUGAAUAAAAAAAUGUCACAAGCACUGUAA